AUGAAGGCUUCAAAGCCGCCUACGCCGCUGGCAUCAUCGCCGGUAACACUGCUGACCCCGUUCCUGGCCAUUGCCCUCGUUCUGCUUCACCGCGUCGCCCCUCUGGCCUUGACAAUGGAGGCAUCGGUCUGCCGAUCACUGCUCGAGAGCAUGCACCAGUUCACCCCCUGCUCCACCGGAAGAGCCACGCCGUGGAGAGAGUACUAA